AUGAGCGCCGACGAAGCUGGAGAGACGGCAGCCAUUUCCGCUACAAAUGGCGACUCGCAUGAUACCACUACGAUGGCAACUCCCGGAAAGAGGAAGCGGUCCGCCCAAGAUGAUUCCAGUUCCUCUGCGUCGCGCGAUCGAGCAAACCUCCACGAAACCCUCAGCAGCUUGAUCAGACUUCUACUCAAGCAUGACACCGAGCUCCAACUCCUUUCCUGCCCCUUCCCAUCAUCUACAACUAAGCCUCGAACGAAGCGCGCAAAGGUUUCUGGUGACCAAGAUACCUCCAGCAUUCAAACGCGCGUCAACUCGGACCGAUACAGCACCCUGCAGGAAUUUCUUUCUGAUAUUGAAAAAGCAUCGGCUGCUGUAAUUGAGCGCAACCAAGGUCAGACCAAUGGUACAAGAGACGACGGUGCGCCCUUGACCGAAGUGGUCAAUCAAAUUGCCGCAUUCAAAAAACACAUGAACAGCUUAGUUGGCCAGACUUUCGUCAACCAGGCUGAAAUUAAGACCGAGGCGAUGGAAGACGAUGAUGACAGCUCGACAGAUCUCCAUGCGAUCAACUUCUGUACUCGCGAGGACAAACACGCGUUGACGCUCUUUGGAAACCCAGCGCACCCCCGGCAGCUGUUUUCAAGUCUUCAAAAAUCCAUGAAGGUGCCAUUGCAGUCCGAGUCUGGGCCUGAGAAGUUCGUCGAAGUACAGGAGGAGUUGCGCGAGACCGCUUUGCCUAAUGGAAUCACUACCACGAAGGUUGCUCCUUUCAACCUCGCUGCCGCGUCUCAGCCGAAGCGAACAUUUGGUGAAGUGUUCGCUCCACGUGCUUCAUUGCCACAGUUAGAGCCUCCGCGCAAAAGAUCCUACCGGAGUAACUCGGUCACCUGGAUUGAUCGCUUCGACGCUACUUUCGAUAGCAAAUCAUUCCUGGGUGAGCGAAGCAACUAUUGCCUUGCACCUCUUCCCUCUACCCAAUGGAUUCAAUACGGCGGAAUUACAUCGUCACCGGCAUACUGGGACCGUGUUGAGAAACAACAUACAGACUCAGAUAUUGUUCACAAAUCGGGCGAUCCUGCUCUUUGGACGGGCAUUGAUUCAUCUGCUCUCCAGGGCGUCUUUUCCUCAUUUGCACCCUCUUUCGACAGCUCCAAUUCAAUCGUGCAGCGUGAUUCAAAGAACAUGGUUUGGUGGGGACAACGAGGUGCGAGCCGCCUGAGCACCUUGCUGUCUAUUCCCUUUGACGGAGAAACAAAACAAGAUGACACAACAGCUCAACCUGGCAAUAUCGGUGAACUCGAUGAGAGUGCUCUAGACGAGAUGGUCAAGUCAUUCAACCCUGAGGACUUUGUUCAAGAUAUUACACAACUCGAUGUCAAGACUGAAGAGGACCCCGAAUCCAGAGAGAUCAAGGAAAUGCUAGGCGAUAUUUCUGGAUUGCUCGAUACCCUCAGUUCUUACCAGCGGAUUCGAAACCUCGACCAACCUUCUUCAUCAUCCACCCACCAGGAAUCUGAGACAAAUGGAACCCCUGCUCCUGAUUCUAGCGACCUGAACACGCCGUCUGAUGCGGAGUUCAGCGUCUAUGAGACGCUCAAAUCAAGUCUCGUAACAAUCAUCGGCACUCUACCUCCUUAUGCAGUUGCUAAGUUGGAUGGUCACCAGCUAUCUGAAUUGAACAUCAGCCAAAAGAUUUUGAUUGAUACUCCCGACUACAACGGUACCAUGGAGAAGGACGACUUUACUUUAUCGCAAGAAAGGGCUGCAGCAAUGAUGGCGGCAACCGCUGCGGCAAACCGGAACUCCACACCCUCUUCCCAGCGACCUCCUAAUUACACAGGGUCUCAGUCUAGCUACAACCAGCGUGCUUUUGCCUCCAACGCCCGUCUUUCACAAUCCCAACCAGGUUUCCAGGGUACCCCUCAGCAAGUGCGCCAACCCUCAGUACCAACCACAUACACCCAGGCUUAUGGAGCGGGUCGUCCACCCAGCACACCCAGCCAACAACGCCCCGGCCACCCUUCUCAAUACUCACAAUCGAGUCAAGGCCAGUACCAGCGCCCUGCUCCUAACGGCUAUUAUGCCGCACAACAAGGGCAAUCAUCUCAAGGCACACCACAACCCUACACAGCACGACCUGGUCAGCCCGGUUUCAAUGCCACACCACAGGGUCGCACGUCCUACACUCCCGCGGGCUCCACCCAACCCCAACGAGUCCAAUAUCCAAACCAAACCCCUUCCCAGGGCGGCUUUGCUGCGAACUCCGCAGCAGCUGCCACAUAUGCCCGCAGUGCCGCGGAACAAGCUGCACUGAUGGACCGUAAUAAGGCCCAACUGGCAGCCCAGCAGACCAGACACAGCCCAUCAACCCCCCAGCCACAGGGUCUGGAGUCACAAGAUGGCAGCGCAACACCGGGAAGCAGGCAGAAUGGUACUCCUGCUUAA